AUGAUGAGAAAGACGCCGAAUGGGGCCAGAGGGACGCGGAUACAUGUGUUAUGUCAGUAUCGGGCUUGGGUUUUCCAAAGAGACCUGGCGCCUAUGCGGUACAGGCGCAGUGGGGCAUCGGGGCACAAAACCAGAGACGCCGUUCGGGAGUAUCAGCUUCAAUGGUUUACUCGGUCGUCUUGUCUCGGUCGUUUCCAGCUUUGGGCUCCUGGGAAAACUCGCAGACACAGAUCCCUCAGGGAAAGGCAGCUGUAG